AUGCCUGGACGUGUAUUGGAUCAACCCAAGAAGCGAGUCCUCACGGACGCCACCAACACACAUAAUGCCCUCAAGUCCCCUCCUUCUACCAAGAAGAGGAAACUCAAUGGAAAUGGCCUCAACUCUAGUUUCAGUUCUUCCCAGCCAAACAACAAUGGCUUCAAGUCAAAGCUGGGGUCCAGUCAACCCAAGAGUGCCUUUGAGACGGAAGUUCUUGAGAAGAUGACCCAGGACAUCAUCGGCCUCAAGAAAAAUAAUUCAGAGAAAGACCAACAGUGGGAUCGACCUAGCCUAGAUGACUUUGAUCCUCAAAAGGACGAACUGUGUUUCCAACAGAUUGAAGUUGAGGAGGGCACCCUACAUGGUGGUAAAGUGACACUCAAGCUCUUCGGAGUUUCAGAAGUACGAUACACGCUCUUUGAAUUGGUUACCCUCAUGCUAACAUCGCUCCAGACGGGUCAUUCGAUCCUACUCCACGUCACAGAUUUCCUUCAUUAUCUCUACGUCGCUGCUCCUGUCAGUUUCCAACGGCAAGAUGUCGACGGCUACAAAGCAUAUCUUGAUUCUCAACUCGCCCAGCACCAGCCUGCCAUCCAUUCGGUUCAAAUGGUUCUCCGAGAGAAUGUUUAUGGUUUCCAAGGCAAUCAAAAGAGCCCUUAUCUGAAAAUCACAGUUACGGAUCCCAAAUAUAUCAACAGACUUCGCACUGCGAUUCAAGAUGGACAUGCCAACUACAAGGGAAUGUGGAAGGGUGUUGAAAGCAAGAUUCUCACCUUUGACAGUAUUCAGUAUGUCCUUCGCUUCAUGAUCGACACUGGCGUGACUGGAAUGUCCUGGGUCGGCGUCACAAGUGGAAAAUACCAUGUUAUACCUGCUCAUGAUCGUCAAUCCAACUGCCAGAUUGAAGCCUAUUGCCAUUACCGAGACCUGAUCUCCCAUGGUCAUGACGGUGAGUGGGCGAAAAUGGCUCCACUUCGAAUUUUAUCCUUCGAUAUUGAAUGUGCUGGGAGAAAAGGCGUCUUUCCUGAAGCCAACAUCGACCCCGUUAUUCAGAUCGCCAAUGUUGUUACGAGAUACGGAGAGUCUAAACCUUUCAUUCGGAAUGUUUUUGUCCUCGAUACCUGCAGUUUGAUCGUCAAUACGCAAAUAUACGAGCAUGAUUCAGAGUCAAAAAUGCUGAUGGCUUGGAGGGACUUUCUCGAGAAGGUUGAUCCUGAUGUUAUUAUCGGCUACAACAUUGCCAAAUUCGAUUUUCCAUAUCUUUUGGACAGAGCAAAACACUUGAAACUGCAGAAAUUCCCCUACUGGUCGCGUUUGAAGAGUAUGGUCUCUACAGCAACAACUUCCAACUUCUCCAGCAAGCAAAUGGGUAACCGCGAUACCAAGACAACAAACACUCAUGGUCGUCUUCAGCUUGAUCUGUUACAGUUGGUGCAAAGAGAUCACCAGCUUCGAAGCUACACUCUCAACUCUGUCAGUGCUCAUUUCCUCGGAGAGCAGAAAGAGGAUGUUCAUCACACCAUGAUCACAGAACUUUACAAUGGUACAGCAGACUCGCGACGUCGUCUCGCCGUGUACUGUCUGAAAGAUGCCUACCUUCCACAACGUCUCAUGGACAAACUCAUGUGUCUUGUCAAUUAUACCGAAAUGGCUAGAGUCACAGGUGUUCCAUUCAACUAUCUACUCUCACGUGGGCAACAAGUCAAGUUCAUCAGUCAGCUUUUCAGGAAAGCACUGGAACAGCAACUAGUGAUUCCUAAUCUUAGCAACGAAGCUACUGACGAGCAGUAUGAAGGAGCUACAGUCAUUGAGCCUAUUCGAGGUUACUAUGAUGUACCUGUGGCUACACUUGAUUUUGCGUCUCUAUACCCUUCGAUCAUUCAGGCACACAACUUGUGUUAUACUACUCUUCUCAACAAGGCGAGUAUUGAGAAGCUGAAUUUGAAGAAAGACGAGGAUUACAUCCUCACACCGAAUGGUGAUUUAUUCGCAACUGCGAAAGUCCGAAAGGGCUUGUUGUCACAAAUUUUGGAGGAAUUGCUCUCAGCACGUAAGCGAGCCAAGAAGGAUCUUGCCAUCGAAACAGACCCGUUCAAGAAGGCAGUUUUCAAUGGUCGUCAGUUAGCCUUGAAGAUUUCUGCCAAUUCAGUCUAUGGUCUCACCGGAGCUACAGUGGGGAAGCUGCCAUGUCUGCCCAUUGCUUCAAGUACAACUGCCUACGGUCGGCAAAUGAUUGAGAAAACAAAGCAUGAAGUUGAAGAAAAGUACACGAUAGCGAAUGGUUAUUCACACGACGCACAGGUCAUCUAUGGUGAUACCGACUCAGUCAUGGUCAAAUUCGGAACGAAGGAUUUGGCCGAGACGAUGAAAUUGGGACAAGAAGCAGCCGAUUUUGUGUCAGGAAAAUUCGUCAAACCUAUCAAACUCGAAUUUGAGAAAGUAUAUUACCCAUACCUGCUCAUCAACAAAAAGCGGUAUGCUGGACUUUACUGGACUAAUCCUGACAAGUUCGACAAGAUGGACACCAAAGGAAUCGAAACUGUUCGUCGAGACAAUUGUCGUCUAGUACAGAUUGUGAUUGAAACAGUCCUCAAAAAGAUUUUGAUGGAUCGAGACAUUGAUGGUGCUCAAGACUACGUCAAAGAGACCAUUGCCAACUUGGUUCAGAACAAGAUCGAUCUCUCCAUGUUGAUCAUCACAAAAGCAUUAGCGAAGAAGGAGUACGAUGGCAAGCAAGCUCACGUCGAGUUGGCGAAGCGGAUGAAGAAUCGUGACGCCGGCUCAGCACCUGCCCUGGGGGAUCGAGUGCCGUAUGUCAUUGUCAAGGGGUCUGCUUCGAGCAAGAACUAUGAGAAAUCCGAAGACCCAAUGUUUGUGCUGGAGAACAAUGUGCCUAUUGACACCAAGUACUACUUGGAUAAUCAACUUGCGAAUCCUCUGGGCCGAAUCUUCGAACCUAUCCUUGGCGAGAAGCGUGCAAACUCACUUCUCAAUGGGGACCACACACGUUCCAUCUCGGUUGCUGCUCCGACAUUGGGCGGGUUGAUGAAAUUUGCCAAGAAGACUCAGACAUGCAUGGGCUGCAAGAAACCGCUUGUGGGAGCAGAGGAGUCCAAGGGUGCAGUCUGCAAAAAUUGCAGGCCCAGAAUAGGAGAACUAUAUACUAAGCAUGUCAACCGAACCGGCGAGCUUGAAGUCCGCUUCAACAGACUAUGGACACAAUGUCAACGAUGCCAGGGAAGUAUGCAUUCAGAGGUGUUGUGCUCUGCGAGAGAUUGUCCCAUCUUCUACAUGCGGAUGAAGGCCAGAAAGGAGGUUGAAGAGGCAGGACGCGAGUUGAGCAGGUUUGAUCAUGAUGCUGGCGCGAUCUGGUGA